AUGAAGACUCGGUUGCUGCGAGGUGUGCUGCUCGCAGGGAUCUUCUGCGGUUGGACAAGUGUUGCUGUGGAUGAUGUACCAACGGCCGAUGACGGCCAAGAACAAGCCGGCGCGCCCUCCUCCUGCGCCGCACCGUCCUCGGGGACGCUGUUCCAAUGGAAGCGAGUACCGGUUGAGGUGGCGGCGGACGGGGUAGGGCCCGAAGGCGGUGAAGAGAGCACGAGGAUGGAGCUUACGGUCGACGAAGGCGCUCUUCAGGCUCUGUCUCAGAUCGAUACCAAGCUGGCCGUCGUUUCCAUCGCCGGUCCUUACAGGUCGGGCAAGUCCUACUUCCUUAACUUCUUGGCCAACCACGUGCUGGCCAACGGUUUCGAUCCCCCGAAAGAGCCAGGAAGCUUUGACUUCGAGCGCCCGUUUCCGACGUCGCCCACAUUGAACGCCGAGGGCGGCGGCGGCGAGGCGGGUCUGUGUCGUUUCCAGCUGGUGCCAGCAUGCGGGAAGCCCCUGCCCGACCAGGAGGGCACGGCGCUGCUUCUGUUGGACACGCCCGGACUGAUGACUCCUCGCAGGUCCGUCGUGCAGGAGGCGCAGGUGCUGGCGCUCCUGCAAACCGUCAGCUCGGUGGUUCUGUACAACACGCAGGGGGUAGUGAGCCGGCCUGACGUCGAAGCCCUGUUAAUAGCCAUGGACGCUGCAGCCUCCGUCGACGUCCAUUUGUCGUUGUUGGCGGGAGAUGACGACGGGACGCCGGCUGGCGAGAAAGGAGAGAUAAAUCGCCCUAGCCUCUUCUGGCUCAUCCAGCAGUCGACCAUGAAGAUGGUGGAUGGAGAAGGACAGGACCAGAGUCCCGCAGCUCACUUGGAUGGCGCGCUUGGAGUCUCGGGGGUCGGGACGGUCAAAGAUGCCUUCGACAGGUUCUUCGUGCGGACGAAUGCGGCUCGACUGCCCUACCCGGUGAACGACCUCGAAAAGCUGCAAGACCUCGACCCCAUGCGCUACUCGGACCUAAGCGAUGCUUACCGAGGGGGUGUGAAGACAGCGGUGGACCUCAUCGUGCCGGAGUGCGCUCCGAAGGAGCUCGGCGGGAAGACGAUGGACGGCACCGCUCUGGCAACGUUUCUGCGCAAACUGACGCGGGUGAUGAACGUCCCCGUGACUGCUGGCAACGAUCGUUUCUCUACGCUCUUGGACGUGCUAGAAGGGGGAGAGCUGCAAGCCGCCGAAGUCGCGUACAGGGCUGAAUGGGAGCCUGGAGAAAACAACUACGAAGGCUUGCCAACCGGAGCGGAGAAUCUGAAGGCCAAGCACAGCAAGUGCGUAGAGCGCGCCGAGCUUGUGGCGGACCCUCGGUCCGCCUCCUCUUCCUCUUCCGGUACCGGGGGGGUUGCGGGGCAGGACGGAGAUCAAGAGGGCGCGAGCGACGGCCGGUCCCUGCGACGGCCGGGGUUUGUCCAAGCCUUGCACGCCGUCUUGAGCGGACUUUACCGGGAAUACUGCAUUGCCAACGUGCGGCUGUGGUCGGAUGCCGAGAUUUUCGGAGCGAACGAGGACUUGGGGGCACUCCUCAAGGAGAAGCAGGAGCAGCAGCGUUCGGGGCCAGGAGAACAGGGGGAUGGAGAUCCGGAGCUUCCGCCACCGCCGCCGGAGUACUCGCACGUGACAGCUGUGUUCGACAGCCGGAGCCAAAGGUGGAAUGGAGAUAUUGUACCGGACAUUAUCAGUUCACACGCGGACAUGGAAGCGUUGUUGGUCGUCAGGGGUGAUGAUUCGGCGAUGCCCCCCACCGGAGAGCUGACGGCAGGACACACCGGAGCCCUCUGGCGCGUUGUGGAUAGUUUUUUGGAGAAAAGCCUCGCCAUAGCCACGCAACAGGCGCAGGAGGCGUUCGAAGACCAGAUGGACAAUCUCGACGCGGAGGUGCGAGACUUGCCGAGGCCGCCCCACCUGGCGGACGUGGAGAUGCUCUCGUCGAAAGCCAAGACCGCGGCCUUGGACGCGUACCUGGCGGUGAAGCUGGCGGUCGGCGACGACAAGGCGACAGAGACCGCCAUCGCCCAGGGCUGGGCGGGGCAGGCGGAGGCGGCUACCGGGAGGUGGAUGUCGGAAGCCCAGCAAGCCGUUCGCGGAGCAGGGAACGACGGUGACGGCGGCGGCGGUGAUGCUGGCGGGAAGGAUGCGGGUGCAGGGAAUGGCGGUGGCGGCGGUGGUGCUGGCGGGAAGGAUGCGGGUGCAGGGAAUGGCGGUGGCGGCGGUGGUGCUGGCGGGAAGGAUGCGGGUGCAGGGAACGACGGUGGUGCCGGCGGCGGCGGUGACGGCGGCGACGGCGGCGUGGGUGUAGACGAGGCCGUAGCACUGGCGGAGCGGGUCCUGAAGGAGCGCCACGCGCCGUGCGUCGAGAAGGUGACCCUCAAGACCAACCACGUGGAGAAGUCCCUCGCGAAGUGCCGCAAGAUCGCUAACGAGGAGUGGGCGCAGGGGCGGGAGGAGAGCGACAAGCAGGAGCUGCUGGACGAGCGGAAGCCCACGGUGCUGGACAAGGCUAUGGACGAGAAGGAGUCGGAGCAUGCGAACAGCCUCGUCGACGCCGCUUCUGCAGCUCUCGCCGGCCGCUUCCGCGACAUGUCGCUCGAGUUGGAGCUGCCAGAGCCGGACCAAGUGAUCGAUCGCCUGUUCGGCACGCUGAGCGACCAGCUACGCAAGGGCGGGGGGCAUCGCUUGGCCGGGCGCGUCGGGCUUCCACCUCGUCGUGCUCUGCCUCUCUGUCUCGGAAGGGCUCACCUUCGGCACGCGACCCUGGCUGCUGGGGAGCGGAAUCCUCCUGUUCUGCGUGGGCUCGGGCGCUACGGUCGGGGGCAAGCGCGGAAGAAAGCCGAACCGUGCGAUCUGGAGCACCAGCGGGAGGAGGGCCAUGGGCGGGAAUGGGGGGUCCCUGAUGCCUCUGUUUCAGGGCGCGGCGGGGGCGGGGGGCGGGGGCGGGAAGAACGGGCGUAGCAACGGGGGCGGCGGCCGGGGGGGGGCGGGGGGUGGUAGCUGGGGGGCGGGCCGGCAUAAGGAGUAGUGGUGAGAUGGGCUGCGGACGCUCAGACUUGAGCGUGCGCUUGGCUCAUGCUGGUGUUGCUGCUGCAGAGCAGUGUCAGCCUGUAGGAAAAGGCUGUUGGUACUGCAGCGGCAGCGGUAGUACCAUAGCUGCAGAAAGGGUAGCGCCUUUUGAAGGUGGGUUUGUUGUUAUUUUGUUGGCGUUCGCUUGGGCGGUGCAUUUCGGUGCUUUGGGUACAUAGAUGAACGCUUGGGUAGCACCUCCGUUUGACCCGAGACCGGCACGUUCUCACUGUUAUUUGGUGCGUACAUUUUGUGGGGUUGUCGUUUUGUCUUCGUCUGUUACAAAUUAUGUUUGUGUUUUUUGUGCAUCGGGGUAUUGCACACUAGAAAACGGUUGUCGGCGCCUGCGGCGGCGGCGGCGGCGGCGGCGGCGGCGGCGGCGCAACGUACAACUAAGGGUUACAGCCGUCCGUUCUUGACGGAUUGUGGUAUUAAACGAUAAAGAUUUUGU